UAUUUGCUGGUCCGAGGGUUAGCUCGCUGCAUCCUUUUUGCUCGUGGAACCGCGCGACGUUAGGCGGGCGGGAGGCGCCGGUACAGCGUCACUCACGUCGACUCGGUUCCCUCGGUCGUGUGUCCGAACCUCUCCUGUCCGUGACGUACGAUCGCUCCAAGCUUACCGGUACUAACUUGAGCUAACCGCGUCCCCGACGUGGAAAUUUCGUUCCCAUCCACUUCACUAAUUAACAAAAACCUCCCCGUACCCUAUUACCUUUUUAAAAAUUAUUUUAAAGUUUUCUGGCCAGUUCGCUUACUGAUUUAUUAUUAAAGUUUUCUUUAGUGUAUAAAUAUUGGCGACUAUUUUGGACAUUGUGGAAUUAUAUUAACUAAAUACUGUGGGUGUAUAAAAGGUAUUGCGGAUUGUAAAAGUCGUGAAAACUGAAGCCGGCCGGUCUCAUUUACAUCUGUCAAGUAGAUUUGCAGUGCACAAUAGCAUCGCUCAGAUAUAACAACAUUGUUGUGGAGAACGCUACGAGCUUACCCUGCCUGCAGUGCGUGCCAAGAGCCCCAGAGUCCCAGCCAUUAGAUUGAGUGGAGUGUCCCCUGCCCACACGUAGCCCUGUACGCAGCCAAAAUUCCACGAGAUACAACGGAUACCUCCUCCAGCAUGGAACUGGAGAAAGCCCCUUCUCUCCAUGAGGAAGACUCCAAAGUUACCCUCACUAUCAGACUGAUUAUGCAGGGGAAGGAGGUUGGCAGCAUUAUUGGAAAAAAGGGAGAAAUUGUGAAGAGAUUUAGAGAAGAGUCCGGAGCUAAAAUCAACAUAUCCGAUGGAUCGUGUCCAGAACGCAUUGUCACUGUCACUGGCACCACAAGUGCUAUAUUCAAAGCAUUUACACUUAUCUGCAAAAAGUUUGAAGAGUGGUGCUCGCAGUUCAACGAGGGCGGCGGCGGCGGGUCGCGCGCGCCGAUCACGCUGCGGCUCAUCGUGCCCGCGUCGCAGUGCGGCUCGCUCAUCGGCAAGGGCGGCUCCAAGAUCAAGGAGAUCCGUGACGUCACCGGCGCCAAUAUACAGGUCGCAAGUGAAAUGUUGCCGAACUCGACUGAAAGAGCAGUUACAAUCAGUGGCACUUGCGAUGCGAUAACACAGUGCAUUUAUCACAUCUGCUGUGUUAUGCUUGAGAGCCCACCAAAGGGAGCGACAAUCCCAUACAGACCGAAGCCUAAUGUGGCAGGGCCAGUUAUAUUGGCCGGAGGGCAGGCGUACACCAUACAAGGGAACUAUGCUGUGCCUGCACAAGAUGCGGUGUGCGCGCCGGUGUUCCCCCUGCUGGAGAUGAAGCCGCCCCUCGCGGGCGCGCUGCCGCCGCACCACCUGCUGCCGCCGCCGCUGCACGACCACCUUAUGGGAGGUCUGGCGAAAUCGCCACUUGCUGGUUUGGCUGCUCUCGGCCUGGGAGGUCUGGCACCGGCCAACGCGAGUGGCCUCAAUCCUGCAGGUAAGGCUUUGGCUGCGUUGGCGGGAUCGCAGCUGCGCACGUCCAACCAGGGCCGCAACCAGCCCGCUUCUAACCAGCAGUCACACGAGAUGACCGUGCCCAACGAGCUUAUUGGCUGCAUUAUCGGCAAGGGCGGCACCAAGAUCGCGGAGAUCCGCCAGAUAUCCGGCGCGAUGAUCCGGAUAUCGAACUGCGAGGAGCGCGAGGGCGGCUCCACCGACCGCACCAUCACCAUCACCGGCAACCCCGACUCCGUGGCCCUCGCGCAGUACCUCAUCAACAUGAGGAUCACGAUGGAGACGGCCGGCUUGCCGCUGCCCGGCUACCACUACAUCGCGCCCAACCACAUAGUGAAGGCGCCGAUCCAUUGAAUGGGGCUCCGCGGGCCGGGCCCGCGCGCUCCCCGCGCCGCCUGCUGCGCGCUCCCCCCCGCCGGGCCUCUGGCUCCGAUCUACUUCUUCAAGUGAGCGACCGAAUAUUGUCUCUGAGGGGCAGCGAUGUUUACAUUUGUUACGAGUUUAUAAGUAUUUUAGAUAUUCUUAUAUUUAUUCUCCACUAUUUAAUUGAUUGGAGCGCGACGUGUCGGUCGUUGAAUCGAUUGUCAAAAAAUUUAAAGUUAAGGUUUUUGAACGUAUUAUUUUGAAAUUUGAACGACCGACGCCCGACCGGGGACGGUAAACGACGGCUCGACUCUCGUUCGCCGCUCACGGUCCGCGUUGGGACGUCGGAACGUAGCCGAGUUGAUCGAAUUUACUAUGGAUUUAAGCGAUCAAGUAUUUCAAUUAACGGCUGGAUUCUUUUAAAAGCGGUCGGCACGGAGCCGAUCGGGAUUGUAAUGUUCAAAUAAUAUUUAUUAAAACGAGCGUCGGCGUAGGAGUAGAUGCGUUACAAUCGACCUCGGACCCGCUGACGUAGCGUAGUGUUAGAAUAGCGAACAGAGUGAGAGGGUUAAAGACAAUAUUUGUAUUAAAAUAUAAUUGUAAUUGCCUACAAAUUUAGGUGUUACAUUCAACAUUGGUACGAUCUGGUCAUAUAUCGUUGAGAGUUUUGAUUAACUCCUGAAUCCUUGUAAAAAUAUCCACUCGAUGAUAUAGUUUUAUGUAAUGUGAAUACGGCUAUGACCAGAGCGUAACAGAUGUCUGACUGCUGCGUCGACACAGAACUGCGCAGCUUUGCAACCGGUGGGAUCAAAUCCUUUAAGAAACUUACAAUAAAAAGAGGAGACAGAAGACAAACGUUAACAGUAUAUCAUUUUAUUUGUAUAUGAUCACAAAAGACAUUAGGUAUGUAAAGAUAAUGUUGCUAAUUGUGAUAGUCUUCUAACUUAUCGUACAUAAUAAACAGAUCUCUCAUUAUAAACACGUUGUCGGUAUCGGCUUCUGAAAAUUUAAAGUCGAACAAAUACUUAAUAUUGGUUUAGGGAUCAAAGCCAAAGAUUGUUAAAGUUUUUUUAAACAUUACGAAUGUUGUGCAUUAAUACUAAAUUAUUCUCAGAGUAGUAGAGUAGUGACUUAUAUGUAUAAAAUUAUGUUCGUUUAUUUUUAUUACCCUCUCCAGACUGCUCAUUAUAAUGUUUAGAUCGACAAUGUAGAUAGGUCAGCGUUAAGCUAUAUAUUUCUCAAAUAAAUAAAAACAAAAAAACUAAAAAAAAAAUUAGGAUAGUAUUAAUUUAAGAAUAAGACCACAAUACACUGGUAGAUACCAGAUGAAAGAGAAUUGUUUUACUCAAUAAGUGCCACGUGACAAACGAAUGUGCCAAAAAUAAUGGGUAGCUGAAAAGAACAUGGUAUUUAAAAAUCUUGUACCUAGGAAAUGAAUUAAAACUAUUUAAUGUCGCAUUGUCGAUAACAUAUAUAUUAAUAUGUAAGUAACUAAAUGUUAUUAAUUUAAACCACAAUUCAUUAUUUUGCACCGUAGAGAUAAGAUCUUUAUGAUUAAGACUCACAUAUUUUAAAUACAUAUCCUUCGUACAUAUUUCUCCCCUAAGUCUUCCCCUUUAGUAUUUCAAUAAAAAAAAGUAAGUGGAUUUUUAUUAAAAUUGUGCCAAAGUUGAAUCUAAAAAAAGUUUGAAUGUGGCGUCGUUGUAUGUGAAAAUGUAAAUUGUGUUGAAGUUGUCGUUUCGUGCUAGUCAAAUUGGUCUGAUGAUAAAAGGCAGAACAACAUUUAUAAUAAUCUAGUCAAAAUUUAUUUCGAUCGUUAAUUAUUAUUAUCAUUGUUUAAUUCGUGCAAAAUAUCUGAACUUUACGUUCGACAUUAUGAAAAUUAUUAUCUUUACAAGUUCUUUGCUUAAUAUUUUUACAUUAGCAAUAAAGAUGAUAAAAUCAAUUAUUUAUAUUGUGUAUUAAUAUACAGAAUUGCUAAUUAAGCGAUGUAUGGAGCUUUGUACGUGUAAGUACCACAGGUAUAAAUAGAAUUUAAUCCGUAGAAAUAACUUUUUAACAGGAAAGAAGUAAGUGAAUAGAGAGAGGAAAUUUUAUAGCUGUGAUGAACGUUUCUGGUAUGCACUUUUGUGCAAAUGGUCAGCUUAAGUGGUCGAUAAACGUAGGCGGAGAUAGGUUCAGACGCUUCUGUCCUUCACUCGUGUCACCAGAGCGUUGGUGAUCGCACAUUGCAAAUGUGUAGUGCAUUUGUUGUAUUAUCGGGUAAUUCUCGUAAGACAUUUAAAAUUGUACAAUCUUCUACAAUUUUUUCUUACAGUCUUACUAGAUAUAAUUCAAAAUCUUCAAUUAUCCCACAAGAUAUUCUACGUAAUGAUAAUCGUAACACGUGUUACUUAAAUUGGUGUUGUUAAAUGGUGUAUUUAGUACAAUGCAAUUUUAAUAUUGAUAGGAAUAUUAGUGUUAAUUUGAUAUGUGUAUUACGUUCAUAUUAGUUUUGCAAUAAUUAUAGAACGGAAUGUAAUCAUAUUAGACUAGAUGUUAUUCGUUAUUGUUAACGUUACUUUUGAUUUGCUCAAUUAUUUAAAUAUUUAUAUAAGCGUAAAUUUUAUUUUGACAAUACAUUAUUUGUAUACGAUUGCUUCAUUUUGAGAAUGGCGUGAAAAAUAAGGAUAGUUGUAUACGCAAGUAGCCCUGAUAGUAUCUUUGUAAGGAGAAAUUUACAAUUGCUCAGUGUUCAGGUGUUGUAUUAAUUUGUACGUAUGCUUAUAGAGACGGCCGUUCAGAGGCUUUUAGUUUCGACAUAAUUCACGUUUCAAAGUUGCAAAUUUAUUCUUAUGUUGAAUGGAUAGAAUAAUUAACAAAUUUGACAUGAGUUUUUGAUUUUGUGCCUUUAUUGUUUUUUUUUUUUGUUACAUCUAAUUUUUAUUAUAUUAAUUAGCCUUUAUUGACAGGGUCUGUUUUCGCCAUAAUAUUGUAGUAUUAAAUCCAAUUUUAGCAAAUAUUUAUACAUUAAAUGUAUUUUAUUUUAAAUGUUUUUUCUUGUUAGCACUGAAUUUUUGAAUUCGUAAUGCACAUUUUUAUUCAUCUCCUUCAGAGUUUGUGGAUAUUAGGAUGAUUGAAUAAAUAAAAAAAUUAAUAAAUUUAAGAACCAAAAUGUUGAGAUAAUGUUAUUUACUCCAUCGCAGAGUAUUUACAAAUGUAAUAGAAUCGCUAUAUUGUAUUUUACAGAAAUGCAGACUUUAUAAGUUUGGAAAAAAGAGGGUUGUGUAAUUUGUUAUUUAACGUAUACAAUAUAUAAAAAAAUCGCUUUAUUCUUUUCACAGUAAGACCACUCAGUAAUAUUAUAAUGAUCCAACGGAAGUAGACCAGGGUAAAUUGUAUAGCAAUCACGAGACACUCAUAAAAUGUUUAUUAUCAAUAUUUGUAUCGGUAUCGGUAUAGUAAUAAAUAUCUAAACAUUUUAUUUCGUACAGACGCAUUGUGAAUAGAAACCAGUCAACGGCAUAAUUUUGUAUUGUGGUAUAAUGAACAAAUUUAUGAUUCUAAUGAAGUGGGCUGUGGCGUCUCGUUUUCCGUUUUAGUAUUAAAUAAUGACUGAGUAUAGUAAGAAUGUCAAAUUGCUAACAAUCUAUCAAUCUUAUAUACUGCUGCUAUUUAGAUAAGCAUUUAACUAUUUAUUUAUCACCAAUUUUUAUAAUGCAGUAUUUACAUAUGCGUUUAUUUUUAAAUUAGAAAGCCCACGCACCCUACUGAUUCUAAUUCAAAUAAUGUAAGUUACAGUACGCUCUGAAAUUGUCGGUAUUCUGGCAUAUCUAAUUCAUGUAGGAUAAUAACUAUUGAGAUAAAUGUAUUUCCUUGCAUGUGCAACAAAAUGUUUAAGAUAAUUACACUCACUUAGACUCUUCUUUUAAUAGUGCAAUCGAUGUUCACUCGUCAUAUCUUUAUUA